CGAAGAGCACACAGAAUGUUAGCACUAGCUGCAAGCUAGCGGCUACUUUGAAAAACCCACAAAUUACUAAUUUAAUGCCAUCAAAGUAAUAUCGUAAAAUCUUUUCAGUUAAUUUGUCCACGUUAUUUGACUCUCAUUUACCACCAAAACGUGGCCGUUGUAGACAAUUUAAGUAGUCCAUGUGGAUGUAAAACUUUACGCGUUAACUAACUUUCAUUUUGGCCUAAGUUACUACGGUUUUGCCUGUUAAAUAAAAUACAGUCUUAUAUUUGACAUUCCUUAAGUAUAUUUUUGGGGGGAUAACAAACUGUUUACGUUCUUAAUUCAUGCGCAUUAAUGAUCUAAAAUGUUAGCACUGAUCCAAGGACUUUGAGCUGUAUGAUUUUCAUUUGAAGUAAGAAAUAGGAGACUCCACUCCUGAACUUUUCUUCAGCUGCUGAAAGACAGAAAAAUGAGCCUCCUCUGGACAAAGGUUUCCUCCCAUGGUUGGGGCAUGCGUUUGAGUUUGGAAAAGAUGCUGCAAAGUUUCUGGCCCGGAUGAAAGACAAACAUGGGGAUAUUUUCACAGUCUGUGUUGCUGGUAAAUACGUGACAGUGCUGUUGGACCCAAACUCUUUCGAUGCCGUGCUGAAUGACACAGUCUUCUUGGACUUCACCGGCAACAGAAACCAACUUCAAAAAACGAUCUUCAGUCUGCAGCUGCCGAGCAUCAAACCUACAGCAGAGAGGAAAUGGAUGGAACAGCAUUUUCAGGGUCGCAGUCUCUCCAAGCUCAGCAGUUCCAUGAACACUCACCUUCAGAACCUGCUGCUGAGUGACCAGAAAGGCUGCAGCCCAUCCGAGUGGAGACAGGAUGGACUCUUUAGUCUUUGUUACAGCCUACUCUUCAGGGCCGGAUAUCUUACAUUGUUUGAGGUAAAAGACAAUGCUACUGCGGUCUACAAAGAGUUCCGCAAGUUUGACGAUCUUCUUGCCAAACUGGCUCGCCGCUCACUCAAAGGAGGGGAAAGCAAAACAGCCAACUUAUCCCGGGAGCGACUGUGGGAGCUGCUGUCCCCAAACUGGCUGAGCGAAGGGUCAGAGUCAAACUCCUGGCAGCAGAGCUACCAUCACUUCCUGCAGGAGGAGGGGGUCGAUGCAGAAAUGCAGAAAAGAGCUUUCCUUUUGCAGCUGUGGACCACACAGUGUAAUGCUGGACCUGCUGCCUUUUGGCUUCUUGGCUUCCUGCUCACUCACCCUGAGGCCAUGGAGGCUGUUAAAUCAGAGAUCAGAGGCCUUACUCUCCAGGACACUUCCCUACAGCAUCCCCCCAUCAACCCGCUGGAAGCACACAGCACCCCUGUGUUUGAUAGCGUUCUGAGUGAGACCCUACGGCUCACCGCUGCGGUAAUGAUCAGCAGAGAGGUGGUGCAGGACAAGAUCCUCCACAUGGCCAAUGGACAGGAGUACCUUCUCAGACGGGGGGACAGAGUGUGUCUGUUUCCCUACCUCAGCCCUCAAAUGGACCCACAGAUACACCAAGAACCACAGAUUUUCAAGUAUGAUCGCUUCUUAAAUGAUGAUAUGACAGUGACGGAUCACUUCUACAAGGAUGGAAAAAGGCUGAAGUACUACACCAUGCCCUGGGGUGCAGGGAAAAACAUCUGCGUUGGGAAAGAGUUUGCUGUUACAGCCAUUAAACAAUUUGUGCUCUUGCUCUUGACUCAUCUUGAUCUGGAGAUGUGCGAACCAAAGGCUAAACUGCCGCCAGUUAAUCCCAGUCGCUACGGUUUUGGGAUGCUCCAGCCGGACGGAGAUCUGCAGGUCCGAUACAGACUAAGGAGGGCGCAGCAUAAAAUGUGACUUGAUGAUUUGAUUAACUGUAAAAACUGUUGAUUGAUAAACCAUGUUAUUUGUACUAUAGCACUAUUUAUUCUAUGAUAUUAAAUCAGUGCAUCUAUGUAUCAUAUUGAAAUUAGUUUGUUAAAGUUGUUUGUGAAAAACAGUCAAUAUUUCUCAUUUUUGAGAAUACUAUGGGCUAGACGUAGUUGAUUCGAAGGCUUUAAAGUCCCCCUCCACUCAAACGUGUUUUGCUUGUUGUUACUUCACUUGUUUGACCUUCUCAGUGCAGAAAGGUGUUUGUGCAGAGUUUGACAUUAGAAGGCUGUUUUCACAUUCAUCUGCUGAAGGGGGAAGGUUUCUCUGCACUCACCUUAAAUCUGAGUAUGAGAGGAUUUUGUCACAUCACAACUAGUGUGGAAGCAUCAUGGUCCAGUUUGUAACUCACAGAAACGUAAUGUGGAAACUUUAAACUUCCAGUCCACAUUCACUGAGAAUGGAGUUGAAGAGUGAGUGAAGUGGGAGACAUUUUGUGUCCAGUUGUUAAACUUAAUAAAAAUAUUUUAUUAUUCAAAAAUUCUGGAUUUUUCAAUGUGGUUAACAGAGUAGAUGAGAUUUUUACCUGUUUUGAUUUCUAACUGGGAAAUUGAACUUUUUGUGGAAAAAGAUACACAAAUUAUACUAAGCAGUGUAUUUAUGUCUUAAAACAUGUCUGGAGAGGAUCUUUAACAAAAUGUGGAAUACAAAAUAAGAAAAC